CUCUGCAAAUUCGCCUACUUCCAAAUUCAAGCACGAGAAAUGGAAUCUAUAGGAGUGUUAAUGACAUGCCCAAUGUCACCAUACCUUGAACAAGAGCUAGACAAGCGCUUCAACUUUCUCCGGCUCUGGAAAUUCCCCGAAAACCAAAAAAGCCACUUUUUGAAGUUGCAUUCAGAUUCCAUCAGAGGAGUCGUCGGAAACGCAACAAUCGGAGCUAAUGCGGAGUUAAUCGGAGCAUUACCGAAGCUGGAAAUCGUAUCAAGUUACAGUGUGGGACUGGACAAGAUCGAUUUGGGGCAUUGCAAGGAAAAGGGAAUCAAAGUCACUUAUUGCCCAGAUUUGAUCACGGAUGACGCUGCAGAUACUGGAAUUGCUUUGAUUUUGGCGGUUUUGAGGAGACUUUGCCGAUGUGAUAGCUAUGUUAAGAUUGGCCUUUGGAAGAAGAACGGUGAUUUCAUGUUGACGUCCAAGUUUAGUGGCAAAUCAGUGGGUAUUAUAGGAUUGGGAAGGAUUGGCUUAGCAAUUGCUAAGAGAGCGGAGGCUUUUGGCUGUCCAAUUAGUUACUACACGAGAUCAGAAAAGCCAAAUACAAAUUAUAAGUAUUAUCCAAGUGUAGUUGAGUUGGCUUCCAACUGCCAGAUUCUGGUUGUGGCAUGUGCACUAACUCCUGAGACUCGUCAUAUUGUCAACCGUGAAGUCAUGGAAGCUUUGGGAUCAAAGGGGAUUCUGAUUAACAUUGGCCGUGGUCCUCAUGUUGAUGAAAAGGAGCUUGUAUCUGCUCUUCUUGAAGGCCGAUUAGGGGGUGCUGGCCUUGAUGUGUUUGAGAAUGAGCCUGAAGUACCAGAGCAGCUUUUUGGCCUUGAGAAUGUGGUCCUAUUGCCUCAUGUAGGCAGUGGCACAGAGGAAACACGCAAGGCCAUGGCCGACCUGGUCCUUGGGAACUUAGAAGCUCACUUUCUGAACAAACCGCUGUUAACUCCAGUGCAACUAGAAAUGGAUGAGAUAGUAGGGGUAUUAUUGAUGCGUCCAUUGUCCAAUUACAUCCAACAAGAGCUAGCGAAACGUUUCACACUCUUCAAAUACUGGGAAAUUCCAUCUGAAUCUCUCAAACUGCACUCGGACGUUAUCCGAGCAGUGGUGGGGAAUGGAGUUCAGGGAGCCGACUCUGCUUUAAUUGAUUCGCUGCCUAGAUUGGAAAUUGUAUCGAGUCACAGUUCUGGGCUUGACAAGAUUGAUUUGGUGAAGUGCAAAGAGAGAGGGAUUAGGGUCACUUCCGCACCCGAUGGUCCCACCGACGAUGUUGCAGACACGGCUAUUUUACUCACAAUCGCAACUUUGAGGAGGAUUUGUGUAGCUGAUCGCUUCGUCAGGAAUGGGAUUUGGAAGGAAAAGGAUUUCAAUUUGACCGCUAAGUUUAGCGGCAAAUCAGUAGGCAUUGUAGGCUUAGGGAGAAUUGGUUCAGCAAUUGCCAAGAGAGCUGAAGCUUUUGGAUGUUCAAUCAGUUACCAUUCACGUUCACAAAAAUCAGAGUCAACGUACACUUAUUAUUCACGUGUUAUCGACUUGGCCUCCAAUUGCCAGAUCCUUGUCGUUGCUUGUGCCUUAACUGAUGAAACUCACCACAUCAUCAACCGUGAAGUUAUAGAUGCAUUGGGUCCAAAUGGAGUUGUCAUCAACAUUGCAAGGGGUUCUCAUAUUGAUGAACCUGAGCUGGUGUCUGCUCUUGCAGAAGGCAGGUUGGGAGGAGCAGGGCUUGAUGGUCUUGAACAUGAACCGGAAGUGCCUACGCAACUAGCUAGUCUUGAUAAUGUUGUACUAUCACCUCAUACUGCAGCAGGCACUGUGGAGACCCGUAAGGAAAUGGCUGAUCUUGUCAUUGCAAACUUGGAGGCAUACUUUUCGAACAAGCCAUUACUAACUCCUGUUCUUUGA